AUGACGACCGCCAUUACUCGACGUGAGACUCGACGUGAUAUGUCGCUCUCUCUCUAUCGUCGCAUCUUACGCGUAGCACGGACAUGGGAAGGUGGUUACAAGGAGCAAAAUUGGAUUCGAACUGAAGCGAGGAGACGCUUUGAGGAGAAUUGGACGUUAAGAGAUCCUGUCAUGAUCGAAGAAGCUGUCCAACAAGGACACAAUCAAGUGGACGUGGCAUUGCAUUAUAAAAUUUGUUAUCCACGACCACAGUACGCGGAUCCGGGUACAAUGGGAGGUGAAAGUAAUUUCCGUCGCCAGUCUUCGCGAGCAAAUACAAGACGUGGACGACUGGACAAGAGUAAAGUACAAGAUCAAUUCCGUUCUGGUGGACGUUAA